AUGGAGACCGAGGCUGGGCCCUGGCGGCCUCGAGGCGUUACCAUGGAGACAAGUCCCGGACUGCGGCUCCCCAGCCCCAGCUCACUGCUGUCUCUAAACCCCGCGGAGCCGCUGUGCGAGGCCAGAGCCACCGUGGCGGCUGCACGCUGGGACCUGCGGAAACACUCGCUGCUCAUCGUGAUCGGCGAUAUCGGUACAGAGAGUCAGCUGAGGGCCGUGCGGGCCCACCUUGAACAAGGGAUUCUCUCCUGGAACAUUGACUUAUCAUCCUUUGAUUUGAACCAACAAUUGAGACUCUUCAUUACCCGGCACCUAGCUCACUUCUCUUCAGAGGUCAAAGGCCAGAGGACUCUCUGCCACCAGAGUGAAAUCCUAGAGACCGUUAUCCUGGUAAACCCGAGUGCCGACAGCAUCAGCUCUGAGGUUCACCAUCUACUUAGCAGCCCGUCAGCUCACAAACUACUGAUCUUGAGUGGGCAAAGUUUAGAGCCAGGGGGAGACCUCAUCCUACAGAGUGGUACCUACUCCUAUCAAAACUUUGUCCAGGUUCUUCACAACCCAGAGAUUGCCCAAUUGCUCAGCAAUAGAGACCCUGGGAUCCAGGCCUUCCUCACCGUAUCCUGCUUAGGGGAGGGUGAUUGGAGCCAUCUGGGACUAUCCAGUUCCCAAGAGACCCUGCAUCUCCGGCUAAACCCUGAGCCCACGCUGCCCACCAUGGAUGGUGUGGCUGAGUUCUCCGAGUAUGUCUCUGAGACCGUGGAUGUGCCAUCCCCCUUUGACCUGCUAGAGCCCCCUACCUCAGGGGGCUUCCUCAAGCUCUCCAAACCUUGCUGCUACAUCUUCCCUGGCGGCCGCGGGGACUCUGCCCUUUUUGCCGUUAAUGGUUUCAAUAUCCUAGUGGAUGGUGGCUCUGAUCGCAAAUCCUGCUUCUGGAAGCUGGUGCGGCACCUGGACCGCAUUGACUCGGUGCUGCUCACACACAUCGGGGCAGACAACCUGCCAGGCAUCAAUGGACUCCUGCAGCGCAAGGUGGCAGAACUGGAGGAGGAGCAGUCCCAGGGCUCCAGCAGCUACAGUGACUGGGUGAAGAACCUCAUCUCCCCUGAGCUUGGAGUUGUCUUCUUCAACGUACCGGAUAAGCUGCGGCUGCCUGAUGCCUCCCGGAAGGCCAAGCGCAGCAUUGAGGAGGCCUGCCUCACUCUGCAGCACCUAAACCGCCUGGGCAUCCAGGCUGAGCCUCUGUACCGUGUGGUCAGCAACACCAUUGAGCCUCUGACCCUCUUCCACAAGAUGGGCGUGGGCCGGCUGGACAUGUACGUCCUCAACCCUGUCAAGGACAGCAAGGAGAUGCAGUUCCUUAUGCAGAAGUGGGCAGGCAAUAGCAAAGCUAAGACAGGCAUUGUGCUGUCUAAUGGAAAAGAGGCUGAGAUCUCAGUGCCCUACCUGACCUCUAUCACUGCUCUGGUGGUCUGGCUGCCAGCCAACCCCACUGAGAAGAUUGUGCGUGUGCUUUUUCCAGGAAACGCUCCCCAGAACAAGAUUUUGGAAGGCCUGGAAAAACUUCGGCACUUGGACUUCCUACGCUACCCUGUGGCCACACAAAAGGACCUGGCUGCUGGGGCUGUGCCUGCCAACCUCAAACCCAGCAAAAUAAAACAGCGGGCUGACAGCAAGGAGAGCCUCAAGGCCACUGCUAAGACAGCAGUGAGCAAGCUGGCCAAACGGGAGGAAGUGGCUGAAGAGGGAGCCAAGGAGGCCCGCUCAGAACUGGCCAAGGAGUUAGCCAAGACAGAGAAGAAGGUAAAGGAAUCAUCUGAAAAGCCCCCAGAGAAGCCUGCCAAACCUGAAAGGGUGAGGACAGAGUCGAGCGAGGUAUUAAAGGCAGAGAAGCGAAAGCUGAUCAAAGACAAGGUGGGGAAGAAGCACCUGAAAGAAAAAAUAUCAAAGCUGGAAGAGAAAAAGGACAAAGAGAAAAAGGAGAUCAAGAAGGAGAGGAAGGAGCUCAAGAGAGAUGAAGGAAGGAAGGAGGAGAAGAAGGAUGCCAAGAAGGAGGAGAAGAGGAAAGAUAUCAAACCUGAGGUCAAGAAGAUUUCUAAGCCAGACCUGAAGCCCUUUACCCCUGAGGUACGGAAGACCCUCUAUAAAGCCAAGGCUCCUGGCAGAGUCAAGAUGGACAAGAGCCGGGCUGCCCGUGGGGAGAAGGAGCUGUCUUCUGAGCCCCGGACACCCCCAGCCCAGAAGGGGGCUGUACCACUUCCAACAGUCAGUGGGCACAGGGAGCUGGCCCUGUCUUCCCCAGAGGACCUCACACAGGACUUUGAGGAGAUGAAGCUUGAGGAGAGGAGGUUACUGGCUGAACAAAGGGACAUAGGUCUAGGAGAGAAACCUCUCCUUGCAGACACUGCACAGCAGGGACUCCCAAGCACAGUUGCCCAGGGGAUAUUACCCUCUGUCCCAAGGCUGGAACAAGAAGAGCCUGUGAUAAAAGAGAAAGAGGUUGUACCAAACAUCCCUGAGGAACAAGGCAGCAAGGACAGAAGCACAAACUUUGGGGCUGAAACAGAGAAAGAGAAAGAUACCUGGGAAGAAAAGAAACAGAAGGAAGCAGAAAGCCUCCCUGAUAGAACAGAAGCCAGAGAGGAAAGUGAACCUGAGGUAAAGGAGGAUGUGAUAGAGAAGGCUGAAUUAGAAGAAAUGGAGGAAGUACACCCUUCAGAGGAAGAGGAAGAGGAAGAGACAAAGGCUGAGAGUUUUUACCAAAAACAUAUGCAGGAAGCUUUGAAGGUAACUCCAAGGGUCAGGGAGGCUCUUGGGGGCCGGGAACUGGGACUCCAGGGCAAGGCUCCUGAGAAGGAGACCUCAUCAUUCCUAAGCAACUUGACCACACCUGCAGGAGCCACUGAGCAUGUCUCUUACAUCCAGGACGAGACAAUCCCUGGUUAUUCAGAGACGGAGCAGACCAUCUCAGAUGAGGAGAUCCAUGAUGAGCCGGAGGAGCGCCCAGCUCCUCCUAGGUUUCCUACAAAUGCAUAUGAUCUCCCUGGACCUGAAGAUCCUGGCCCCUUUGAGGUUAGUCAGCCUACAGACAGUGUUAUUCCUGUCACCUCCAGCAAAGGCUAUGGAGCACCAGAGACUGAACUCACCUACCCCCCCAACAUAGUGGCUGCCCCUUUGGCUGAAGAGGAGCACGUGUCCUCAGCUACCUCAAUCACUGAGUGUGACAAGCUUUCUUCCUUUGCCACAUCUGUGGCUGAGGACCAGUCUGUGGCUUCACUCACAGCUCCCCAGACAGAGGAGACAGGCAAGAGUUCCCUACUGCUUGACACAGUCACAAGCAUCCCGUCAUCCCGCACUGAAGCCACUCAGGGCUUGGACUACGUGCCAUCAGCUGGUACCAUCUCACCCACCUCCUCACUGGAAGAAGACAAGGGCUUUAAGUCACCACCUUGUGAGGAUUUCUCUGUGACUGGAGAGUCAGAGAAGAGAGGAGAGAUGGUAGGGAGGGGCUUGCCUGGAGAAAGAGCUGUGGAAAAGGGAGAGGAGACCACAAAUGUACAGAUAUCUGAGAAACUUCACAGUCAAUAUGGAGCCCCAAUGUUUGGUGCUCCAGGGCACACCCUAUAUCCAGGGGAACCAGCCCUCGGAGAACUAGAGGAGCGCUGCCUCAGUCCAGAUGACAGCACAGUGAAGAUGGCCUCUCCUCCACCAUCUGGCCCACCCAGCGCUACCCACACACCCUUUCAUCAGUCCCCAGUAGAAGAAAAGUCUGAGCCCCAAGACUUUCAGGAAGCAGGCUCCUGGGGAGACAUGAGGCACACACCAGGUGUAGGCAAGGAAGAUGCUGUACAGGAGACAGUCAAGCCAGGGCCUAAAGAGGACGCACUAGAGAAGAGAGAAAAGGUGCUUCCUCCCAGGAGCCCCCAAGCUCAGGAAGCUGCCAUCAGCAUUGUUGGGGAACAUACAGGCUACACUCUCCAACUAUUGCCCGAACAGGAUAAAGCAAUGGUCUUUGAGACUGUGGAGGCACGAGAGCCCACGGGCACAAUUCUGGGAACAGAAGCCCUUCUGAAAGAUUUGAAGACAUCACUCCAAGCACCUGGUGAACCUCAGAAAGACGAGAUGCUCCAAUUUCCUGACCAAAGCCUCUCCCCUGAUGAUGCAGAGUCCCUCUCUGUCCUCAGCGUGGUCUCUCCAGACAUUGCCAACCAGGAAGCACCCAGGUCUCCUUAUGGCCUAACAGAGCAGCACUUACACAAAGACCUUUGGCCACAGGUAUCUCCAGAAGACACCCGGUCACUUUCUUUCUCAGAAGAGAGUCCCAGCAAGGAGACCUCUCUGGAUAUCUCUUCUAAGCAGCUAUCUCCAGAAAAUCUUGGCACUCUCCAGUUUGCGGAACUAAGCCUUGGAAAGGAAGAAAAGGGGCCUCUGAUGCAGGCUGAGGACACUUCUCAGCACUUAGCCCCUGUGUCUAUUCCAGGACCCCGUGCAGCCACAGUGUCUCCUCCCACACAAGGGAACACUGGAUACUCUGCACAGACAGACAUCACAGAUGAGAGCCCUGAUGGAAAAUUACCUUCCAGCUCAUUUUCUCACUCCACACUGUUGGGAAAUGGGAAGCACUCACCUGAAGGGAUCACAAGCCCCAGCGAACACAUUCUAACACCUGAUAGCUCCCUCACCAAGAGUCCCGAGUCUUUGCCAAGCCUUGCCAUGGAAGACAUUGCCAUGAAGUGGGAAGGUCAAGUUCCAGAACUGAAAGACAGAACCCCAGAGAAGAAGGACAAAGGACCUGACCCAAAGGAUGAAGUCCUACAGCAGAAGGGCAAAACUCUGGAGCAGAAGGAUACAGCCAUUAGUCAGAAAAGUGAGGCUCUGGAAGAAAAGAACACGGUUAUGGAACAGCAGGAUAAGGCUUUAGGACAAAAAGUCAGAGACUUAGGACAAAGGGACUCAGGCCUGGAAAGGAAAGACAAGACCAUAGAAUCAAAAGACAAAGAUUUAGAACAAAAAGACAGAGACUUAGAACCAAAAGACAGAGUUCCAGAGGACAAGGUCUUUGAACUGAAGGGCAAGGCCUUAGAACAGACAGACAAGAUCCCUGAGCAGAGGGUCAAGGAUCAGGAACAGAAGGACAAAGCCUUGGAAAAGAAGGAUCAGGCCUUAGAACAAAAAUACUGGGCUUUAGGACAGAAGGAUGAAGACCUGGAACAAAACAAUAAGGCUCUUAAACAGAAAGAUAAGGCUCUGGAAGAGGACAAAACUCAAGAUCAGGGGAGCCCAACGCAGGAGAAAACCAUGAAACCAAAGGAGAAGAUCCUAGAGGAAAAAUCUUCAGAAAAAGUUGAAGCUGUGAAACAGAAGGAAGAAGCUCUGCUGGAAAAGACCAAAACUCUGGAGCUGGAAGAGAGCCCAGUGCAGGAGGACAAGGCCCUGGAGCAGGAAAAGAAGUACUGGAUGGAGCAGGAUGUAGUCCAGGAGUGGAGAGAAACGUCUUCAACCGGAGGGGAGUCAGUUGGAGAACAGAAAGAAUUUACCCGGACAUGGGAGGACACAUCAUCUGAGCAGGAGGACAGGUACUGGAGGGGCAGAGAGGAUGUGGCCCAGGACACAUACUGGAGGGAGCUGAGCUGUGAGCGGAAGGUCUGGUACCCGCAUGAGCUGGAUGGCCAGGGGGUCCAGCCACGGUACACAGAGGAGCGGGAGAGCACUUUCCUCGACGAGGGGCCAGAUGAUGAGCAAGAAGUGCCCCCCUUGGAGCAUAUGCCCCAGAGCCCAUGGGCCUCAGGCUUCAAGGGUUUCCAGGAGCCCUCAUCACAGAAAGGGCUGGAGGUAGAGCGGUGGCUUGCUGAGUCACCAGUUGGGCUGCCACCAGAGGAAGAAGACAAGCUUACCCGCUCCCCUUUUGAGAUCAUCUCUCCACCGGCUUCCCCAACUGAGAUGGUUGGACAGAGGGUUCCUCUGGCCCCAGGACCAGAGACCCCUGUCCUAGAGCCUAAGACUAUGCCACCCGUAAAGAAAGAACCCACUACCCACUCAUGGCUGGCUGAGAUCCCACCGUGGGUGCCCAAGGACAGACCCCUGCCACCUGCACCUCUCUCCCCAGCGCCAGCUCCCCCAAGCCCUGUCCCUGAGCCACGCACUCCUGCACCCUUUUCCUGGGGCACUGCCGAGUAUGACAGUGUGGUGGCUGCAGUGCAGGAGGGGGCAGCUGAAUUGGAAGGUGGGCCAUACUCCCCGCUUGGGAAGGACUACCGCAAGGCUGAAGGCCAAGGAGAAGAAGAAAAUCAGGCCAGGGCUCCUGACAGCAGCCCCUGCAGCUCAAAGGUUCCAGAGGCCAGCAAGAGCCAUGCUACCAAGGGGCCUGAGCAGACAGAGCCAGAGCAGAGAGAGCCCACGCCCUAUCCUGAUGAGAGAAGCUUUCAGUAUGCGGAUAUAUAUGAGCAGAUGAUGCUUACCGGGCUCGCCCCUGCGUGCCCCACUAGGGAACCUCCUCUUGGAGCAGCUGGGGAUUGGCCCCCACACAUCUCAACCAAGGAGGAGGCUGCUGGCCGAAACACAUCAGCAGAGAAGGAGCUUUCAUCUCCUGUUUCACCCAAGAGCCUCCAAUUCGACACCCCAUCUUUCAGCUAUGCAGCUCUGGGGGGACCCACCGUACCACCUAGGCAGGAGCCUGAUGCAGGGCCAAGUGUGGAGCCCAGCCUCACCCCCCCUGCAUUACCUCCCCGUGCUCCUAUCCCCCUGAGUAAAGGCCCAAGCCCCCAUCUUAAUGGUAAUGUCCUGAGCUGUAGCCCCGAUAGGAAAACCCCAUCCCCCAAGGAAUCAGGCCAGAGUCACUGGGAUGACAGCACUAGUGACUCAGAGCUAGAGAAGGGGGCUCUGGAACAGCCAGAGAAAGAGGUCCAGUCCCCAAGUCCCCCCCACCCCAUCCCUGCGGGGCUCCCUAAACUGUGGCCUGAAAGUGAGGCAGGUACCAGUCCUUCCUCAAACUCACACCAGGGUCCUGCCCCACCCAGCCUGGACUUCCCUGCUUCAGCCUUUGGUUUCUCCUCAUUGCAGCCAGCUCCUCCACAGCUGCCCUCUCCAGCUGAACCGCGCUCGGCACCCUGUGGCUCCCUUGCCUUCUCUGGGGACCGAGCUCUGGCUCUGGCUCCAGGGCCCCCCACCAGAGCCCGGCAUGAUGAGUACCUAGAAGUGACCAAGGCCCCCAGCCUGGACUCCUCACUGCCCCAGCUCCCCUCACCCAGCUCUCCUGGGGCCCCUCUCCUCUCUAGUCUGCCACGACCUGCCUCACCAGCCCUGUCUGAAGGCUCCUCCUCUGAAGCCACCACACCUGUGAUUUCAAGUGUGGCCGAGCGCUUCCCUCCCGGCCUGGAGGCUGCAGAACAGGGGUCUGUAGAGCUGGUCCCAGGAAUGGAAGCAACUGCCCACAGCCUUUGGGACCUUACUCCUUUGAGCCCAGCACCUCCAGCGUCACUGGACUUGGCCCCAGCUCCAGCUCCAGCUCCAAACUUGCCUGGAGACAUGUUUGAUGGCACCCUGCCCUGCCGCCUGGAGUACUCAGUGGCAGCUACCAAGAAGCCAAACUCCUUCCAGGAUCUCUCUGGAGAUUAUGCCACCAACGGUCCAACUGAAACCAGCCCCAACACCCCAGGCCUUGCCCCAGCCAAGGAUGAGAAAAAAGAGGCUGAGGGCUGCCCUGCCUGGGAACGUGGGGCCUGGCCUGAGGGAGCUGAGAGGAGCUCCAGGCCUGACAGUCUGCUCUCCCCUGAGCAGCCACUGUGUCCUGGAGGGACCUCUGGUGGCCCAUCCAGAAGUGGCUCCCCUAAGAUGGAGGCUGGGCCCCAGGGAUGUGCCUCUGAGCCCCGGCCCCACUGUGGGGAGCUCUCCCCAUCCUUCCUGAACCCACCUCUGCCCCAAUCCACAAAUGACAGUGACCUCGCAACUGAGGAAGCUCAGCUGGUAGGGAGAGGGGGGAGGCGCCGGGCGGGGGGCCCUGGGGCCACAGGGGGCCCAUGUCCUGUGGCAGAUGAGACACCCCCAACGUCAGUCAGCGACUCAGGCUCCUCACAGUCAGAUUCUGACGUUCCACCAGAAACUGAGGAGUGUCCAUCCAUCACAGCUGAGGCAGCCCUCGACUCAGAUGAAGAUGGGGACUUCCUGCCUGUGGACAAAGCUGGGGGGGUCAGUGGAAUGCACCAUCCCAGGCCUGGCCAUGACCCACCUCCACUCCCUCAGCCAGAUCCCCACCCAUCCCCUCCCCGUCCCGAUGUGUGCAUGGCUGAUCCUGAGGGGCUCAGCUCAGAGUCUGGAAGGGUAGAGAGGCUACGGGAAAAGGAGAAGGCACAGGGGAGAGUAGGGCGCAGGGCCCCAGGUCGGGCCAAGCCAGCAUCUCCUGCACGGCGUCUGGAUCUUCGGGGAAAACGCUCACCCACCCCUGGAAAAGGGCCUGCAGAUCGAGCAUCCCGGGUCCCACCUCGGACACGUAGCACUCCAAGCCAGGUCACCCCAGCAGACGAAAAGGAUGGACACAGCCCCAUGUCCAAAGGCCUAGUCAACGGACUCAAGGCAGGACCAAUGGCCUUGGGUUCCAAGGGCGGCUCUGGUCCCCCUGUAUAUGUGGAUCUCGCCUACAUCCCGAAUCAUUGCAGUGGCAAGACUGCUGAUCUUGACUUCUUCCGACGAGUGCGUGCAUCCUACUAUGUGGUCAGUGGGAAUGACCCUGCCAAUGGCGAGCCAAGCCGGGCUGUGCUGGAUGCCCUGCUGGAGGGCAAGGCCCAAUGGGGGGAGAAUCUUCAGGUGACUUUGAUCCCUACUCAUGACACGGAGGUAACUCGUGAGUGGUACCAGCAGACUCAUGAGCAGCAGCAGCAACUGAACGUCCUGGUCCUGGCUAGCAGCAGCACUGUGGUCAUGCAGGAUGAGUCCUUCCCAGCCUGCAAGAUUGAGUUCUGAAAAAACCACUCUCCCUUCCCCAAGGAUCUGCUCCCCCAGCUCCCUUAGAGAAUGGCUACUGCUGAGUCUUUGGGGUUUGGGGACAUGGGAGCUGGGGAAGGAGAGGGUGGGGGGACAGGACGUCUUGUGGAAACUUGGGCUGGGCUAAAUGGGAGGGGUUGUCCCUUCCCCUCAUCCAUACUUGAGAGGAGUCUCAAAACCAAAGGUAACAGGAUAGGGAGAGGGUACAAAAUUAGGAUAGGAGGUCAUCUGAUGCCUGAGAACUCUGGAGUGACAUCUCUCCUAGCACUGCCAAAUGCUGGUAUUGCAUGGGGAUUAAGGAUGAAUCUGAGAGUGCAACCUCCCCCCUCAUGGAAGGAGAUCAUAUCCGCAACCCCAGGUACCUCUUUAUCUCUAUCUAUUUAUUUAGCAUCCCAAGGAUUUCCAAUAGUAACUUAUGUGACCUGGGGGCAGGAUACUGUCGGUGAGAUGCCUAGAGCUGCACCCUUCACUCCCAUCCCCUUACCCACCAGGGUCUGGGUUCCAGCAGAGGUCUGGGGGUACACUGCUGCUACACUGUCCCACUGCUUCCCUCCGUAUCUGAAUGUCUCAACCCAAAACUUGAAGCACUUGACCAACAGACUGGUGAGAGAAGAAAAGAGCUUAUCCUCCCAGUCCCUGCUUCAUACCAUUCACAUCCCAGAGUUGUGCCCAGACCAGGCCUACUGGGCAGCACAAAGGGGCAAGGAGAGCCCAGCUCCAAACCCAGAAUUUUCCAAGCUCCCUGACCUUUUGAAGUUUUCACCUACCCAUUCCAAUGAUCCUGAUCCCUUCCCAUCCCCUGCUUGGCUUUUCUGCAUGUGGUCAUCUACUGUGGCCUGGUGUGUAAUGGGUUAAAAAUAAGCCACUGCCUCACAUCCCAACAUCUGACACCUCAGCAAUGUGUGACUCCCCCAACAUUCCACUAUGCCAUCCUGCAGCUGAAAUGGGAACGCUGGCUGCCUUUUCAGCCCCAUACAAACUCUUAGAGAGGAUCUGGGAGGUGGAGGUCAUGCCAGAGGACUUGGGGGAAAGGAGAGGGAGGGAGGAAAGGGAGAGGAAGCUGAGCUAAAAAGCUUAACUCCUACUGAGUGAGAUGAACACAGGCUGAAAAUACCAUCUCAGGAGAGGACCUCACCCCGAGCAAGCCAAUGAGCAGCCUUGCCAGACUACUGCUGGACUGAGGAAUCCAGACGCUCGCUCGCUCGUCAGGACUCAGCUUCUCUGCCAAAUGACUGUGUGGAAACCAAAACGAGCCUGCCUGUGUCCUUCCUAGCUCCCACCCAACCCGUGCUGCUGUGCUCUGCUUCUCCCCACACCUCCCUGCUGUAGUUCCCAGCUGCUGUAACAGAGCCGCCUUCAACUCUAACAAUAAAUCAAGUUCAUUACAGA